CGACUUCCUACAACAACCACAUUUUGAAAGUUCUCACUUCUGUACAUCUCAAAAUGCUAAUUUUUUUUUUACUUUUGUCUUUUUGUUACAAAACGUUUCCAAAACCUUCUCAUUCACCGCAGUUAGUCUUACCUAAAUGAACGAGUACCUCUUAUGUUUUAACCAAAUUCAUUAUUUAAAAGUGAGAAAACUAUCAAAUCAACCACCUUUUAACACAGCUUCCUUGUCCGUUAUUUUCCCUUUUGCACCAAUGCCCCUGUGAACGCCCUCUGACUUGCGAAGAAAAAGAGAACUGACCACAUCCUGUGCUCAAGCUCUACAAUGCCUCACUUCAUCAUUAAAUUAUUGAUCUUGGUGGCUUGGUUGUCUCAAGCUCAAGGUCGAGAAAUCCAUCCAGCAAGGAUUUAUGCAGUUAAAAACAGCGGCAAACUGGAGUUCACAUGCAGUACACAUGGGAUGAAGGAAACAUUCGAGAAGAACAGCAACUUAUAUAUUUACCUCUGUAGGAAUGGCACUGGCAUAGCCAUGAAAUCAGAUUGUCAAGAUGUUACAUUUAUUAUAGACGACAUUACAAAGGAUGAUACAGGAGACUACAGUUGUGUCUUUUCAUCGUAUAAGUAUGAUCCUGAGGAUGUAAGAGGAAAUGGCAUCAAUUCCAUCUUCAUUACUGUGAACGAUUCGUUCAUCCCGGCGGAGAUAGCCUCGCCGGAGACGAGUGUAAAAAUGGGAAGUGAUGUUGAUCUCCAGUGUACCUCUUUAAAAUUACCCGAGAGGAACCAGAAAGGCAACGUUUAUGCCUAUCUGUACAAGAACGGUUACACAGUGCAGAACGGCACUGUAAUUCAGGUGAAUAUUUGGGACACAGUGAAGAACAAGGCAAGGUUUACUCUAAAAGAAGUCACGAUGCGAGACGCUGGAACGUACUUCUGUUUUCUGAUGUCGGAGCCAUGUACUUUUCCUAAAGAAGUGCAUGGCAUCAAUGAAGUCAACCUUAACAUUACUGAUCCAAGAUAUGAAGUUAUACUCACUGAGACAUAUGAUCCAGUGCGGAAGAGAAAUAUUUUACGAUUAGGAUUCUCGGGUGGAGUGAUCAUUAUUGCAUGUUGCAUCGUGAUUUUCGACUUCAAGACAAGCUCACGUUCUUCCAGCUCAGUCUAAGCCAAGGAUAGGAAUGAUUCAUAAAAUUCAACAUGUCUAGUCUGAUGUCAACAUUGUGAGUCUUGUGUAUUACCCAGUGUGUUUUUUUUUUUUUGCUGUUUUACAUACAGGUGAAUAUUCAGGAGCUAACAUGAUGAAAUAUUUCAUGUGGAAUCAAAAAUGGUACUAGAGUAAAAUUGUAACAUGUUUAGGAGAACUGAGUCAUGGCAGAGAUGUUUAAGCUCAACAGAAGUGAAUAAACCGUUAUAAUUAAUGUUAUUUACUAAUAAAUUAAAGAGGAAUUCUGUGCAAAGAUACUGUCUAUACUGAAAUGUACUAUUAUUUAAAUAUUUUUCCUUUUUGUGUACAUCUACUAUGCAGUGUAAUAAUCUUAUGUACCAUUAGUGAAUUUAAUGUGUUACAACUGCAAAAAACGCGUACAUGUUUACGGUUUGUGGUCAAUAGUGGUAUAUAAAAUCUUAAGAACUAAGAGAACUUAAAACAUGUUUAUAGUCAGAUUACUACCUUUCACUCCUGGUAUAGCAUAAAUAAAUAAAUAAAUAAAUAAAGUUUCUAUAUAAAGUUUUGAAGUUUGUGUCCAUGAUGAAUUGCUCCAGCUAUGUUUAGAGCUGAAAUAACACAACUUGUAAUGGGAUGCUGCAUAUUACAGAUAAAAAUCAUUCUAAAAAUAGUUUUAUGCCCAAUGACCAUUUCUUGCAUUACCUACAAAUUAAAAUAUAUAUAUUUUUUAAAUAAGCUAACUUAGUGACACACACUGUCUCAAACCAGAACAUAGAAUUAAAAUGAUAAUAUACUAUAAUAAACAAAUCACUAUAAACAAUAACAGAAAUAAUGGAUAUUAGCUAAUUAUAUUAAUAAAAAUAUAAUAGCAGUUAAUAACAAAACUAAUAUAAAAAAAUACCGCGAUAAUUUUAGUUAUAAAAACUUGAGAGAAAUUGUGGGCAUAUCUUAUCAAGUUUGUUCGAAUUCGCCAGAUUUUAUUUUUCACCUUUGACACU